AUGCACCGAGAGGCAAGAAUCCAAAAUGUGAGAAGCACCAUCGAUAAGCUAAUACUCAGCAAAAAUCAUUUCCUUUCCAAGUUGCUAGCAAUAAUAGCCUCUAAUGAGGACGCCUAUCUUAUAAAUGAAGUUAUUCUACUGCUCCUGUUAGUGGCCGAGUCCAGCGGGGAGGUUAGGAAUAUCAUCACGUAUGAAAGGUUUAUCGAAACGGUGAUGAGAAUAAUCCAGGAUGAACAUGCUUACUUGUUUAGACCAACUAGUGACUUGUACUUUUUGUAUCAAGACGGCAACGUGGUGGUGCCAAAGAGAAAAACAAAAAUUUCUCCCCUCCCUGCUGCAAGCGGGGGGAAUGAAAAAAGGGAAGAAAUGAACCACAGAAAAAUCGGAAAAACCGAAAGUAGCGCAACAGAAAUUACCACCAUCGAACGUAGCGCAUUCCAAAUGAUAGCCCCCCACGGGGAGAAACCUCAAAGCGAACAGGAACAGAUGGAGAUCUAUCUAGACAAUAUUUCCAUAAACAUAGACCUAAAGAGCAGCUUGCUCCUUCUCAAGUGCCUCAUAAUCAGUAGCGAAUUUGGCCUCAAGUACAUUUAUGAACUGAACAUUUUCGAGCAGUUCAUCAAGUUGGUACUUAAUAUGUAUAAUGUUAUCAUAUACAUUUGUAAAAAUGAUAUGAGAAAAUAUUUUUCCAAUUCCAUUUUUGUGCUUAACGUAUUUCUAGAUGUUUUGGCUAGCUCAUGUAAAGUUGAUGGGGUGAAUAGCUAUACAGGUUUGUCUUCUAAAAAGUUUCUGCUCAUUUUGCAGAAGGAGAGAUUUUUCGAAAGCUCUUUUUUUUUUUUUUUUAAAUUUAUGUGUAUCUAUAUGGAGAAAUAUGCGAAUGGUGGUAGACAAACAGAUCAGCUUGGUUAUCACCGGAAUGAAAACUGCUCCAAUUAUGACGCUGGUAGUGAGGCCCCUAUGGCUGUGGAGUUCAGUCGACUUGGUAAGGGCCCCCUUCCGGGGGGCAGCAAUAACGUCAGCCUCAGUGGUACAGUAAGCGCCAACGUAAGCGCCAGCGCAAGCAGCGUCUUCCCGAGCAGCGACAGUGGCGGAGGCCAGAUGGGAAGCAACCCGGUGGCCGCCAGCAUUGGAAGCAACUUCGCGGGAAGCAGUCAGACGGGAAGUGGACAAGGGGGGAGGGUACAAGCGGGAUGUCUCCACGGGGGAGGUCUCCACACCGGUAGCAGUGUGCACACCGAAACCGAGCAAAUCAUGCGGACCUUCAAGAAUACCCACUUUGUUGGAAUCCUCAACAUGUGCUGCAAAUUUCUCCUCCAGGAUGAGAGCCUCUGCGUAAGGGUUCUGUUCAUCCCCUUUGCUCUUAGCGGUGGUGGAGAGGAGUCAUCCCAGUCAGUGGAUAAAGAACACGACGUGAACUCUUUCGUGGAGGCCUUGCUCAAGCAGAAGAACUACUUCCACCUAGAACAAGUGCUAACAUACUACAUGAAACAUUUGAAGCAAAUUAAAUGUGCAGACAUGCUGCUGAUUAUGUUUCUUUACGAUCGAAAGAAGCUUUUCUGCAACAGCAUUUAUGAGUUUUUUUUAUUCUUGGGGGGGAAGCACGCACAAGUGGGGAAGUACCUAGUAGAAUCCCUCUUCUCUCGGAGAGCCGUCUUCAACUACUGCGUGAUGCACACUGCGCGAAAAGUAUCGAAGCUGCUUCUCAAACUGAAGAAGGCCUUUCAAAGGAGGAACAAGUCGGAGAGCAAAUUAGGCGGUAAAAACAGCGACGAGUUGGGAAUUUCAGGAGUAAACGGAAUUCCUCAAAAGGAAACAUUCUUUUUAAAAUAUAUGAACCUGUCCGAAUUGCUACUCAGGAUUUGUAACCUAACGAGCAGCAAUAAUCCUCAUGAGAUGUUACACCCUAAUGAGAGGCUAUCCUCUGAUGAGAGGCCACACCCUGCUGAGGAAUUUCUGAAGAGCGCAGAGAUAACAUUUGAACAGCUGAUGUACUACAAUGAACUGUUUGCACGCGAUUACAACGGAAUGUGGAAACACCAUGUUCAGAAAGCGAAUGAACGCUUCAGCGAAAGUGUCUUAACAUUUAGGAUAAAUUCAAUUUUGUAUAGAAGAAAUGUCAAGGGGCAAAUCGACUCGCUUAAGUUUUUAUUACCCAUGUUAAGUAACAAUUGGGGAAGCAAAAAGAACAGCUGUCUGAUCUGCGUGUAUAUAGCUAUUUACCUAUUCAAGUCGAACGAAGAAAAAGAAAAAAAAAAAAUCGUACAGAUUAUUAUGCGCAAUGAUCUGUUCAACAUCAUGUACAAUUCUUUAAACCGUUUUUGUAGAUUCACCUUUGACGAAAAAUAUUUUUUUUUUGUCUCUUUUGAAAAAUCGAAAGAUGCACAUGAAAAUAUAAGAGGCAUUUCCGAUCUGAGGAGGAAGAAAUAUUUUUUCAAUUACUCCAAGGAGAUGUCCAUUUUCUGCAUCCACUUUGUUUAUUCCAAUUUUAUUCACCACUCUAUGUUGACCUACUUCUUUGAGCAAUCCAAGAGUUAUGCAUAUCGGAAGGACCAUCCAGGUAGGAACAGAAAUGGGUACUACUCUCCAAAGAGGAGUCACUCCGGGGCGGAUCGACACAAGGACGGGGGGGACGCCGAAUGUAUUUUGAGCGAAUCGGAGGAUGGGGAAUCUUCCCCAGCUGAGAUGCACGGGGAAGGAAGUCAAUCGGACGACUGGAGACAAGAGGAUCGCCAUGUGGAUGCUCCUAACAGGAAGAGAUGUGAUGAUUACUCCCUGGAUGACUACCACCAGAGUAGUGCCUCAAGCGGAGUGGAAACUGCCACCCGCCAUGCGCGAAGAAAAAAGAAGGGCCACCUUUUUUACAGCAAAGGAGGGGCGGAAAAGGAAAGAAAUUAUCUCAAAAAUAAGCCGAUGAAAACAAAGGGAAAAGGGAUAACCCGAGGAAGGAAAGACAACACUGAUUUGAUGUCACACAUCAGUGAGGAAGUUAGUCAACUAAGAGAUAAACUAAACCAACAAGAAGUUACCCACUUGGAGGAAAAAAUUUAUCUAAAUAAAAUUAUCGAAAAAAAAAAUGACAUCAUAAAUAACAUGCUGUAUUCCUACUCAAUGAUGAAGGCGAAGUGCGAGCAGGUAGAAUCAGAACUGAUCAAGGUCAGAAUCGAUUUAGGGUUGAAAGAGAAGGAGUACCAACUCGUUGCGGACAACGACAUGGACCACCUGAAAGCAGAGCACAUCCGUGUCUUACGUGAUUACGAAAGGGUAAGCAGCGAAAAAAGAGAGUUAGAAACGCAAUUCGAAAAGCUUACCGACUUGUUAAUUUUCCUUUACGAAAAUGUGGCUCCUUGUCGGCACUACAUGCAAAACGUGGAGGAUGUGAAGGUCUUUAAAAAUCCCACGAUGGGUGCAAACCGAGGGGGAGACCCCUCUCAGCCGAACUGUGAUAUGUGGGAGGUGGAGCGUCAUGAGCAUAUGAAUGCAGGGGUGAAGGCUGAUUAUCAUAUGAAUGCCCAGGUUGUGGCAGAUGACCAUAUGAAUGCCGAGAUGAAGGGAAGCGUAGAUCCACUCACACAGCCAAAUGACCAACUAAACAGGGGUGGAUACCAACCAGCGAAUGACCAAGUGUGCGGACUGCACAACGGCGGCGCUUAUGCGAAUCUGUAUAACCCCGUGCAGCAGAACUUCCCCCCACAGGGGUACCAGAACAGCCCUUACGAGGGCAACGCGUACGGCAACGCGCAGCAGCAGAUACUGCAGGGCAGCACGUACAGUUACUCCAACCAACAAAUGGAUAAAGGCUGCGCAAACAGCCACCCCCCGCAGCAGAUGCAUCAGGGCAGUACGUACGGCUACCCCCCCGAACCGAUGCAGCAGGUGCAUAUGUAUGGCGACCCCAACCCGGGGGAGGUGGGAACUUCGAAUCAGGGGGUCUGCAAUGAAAUGCACCCCCCCGUUACGCAGCCCCCUCCCGAUCGGGAAUAUGAGCAGCAGUACGGACAAUUAUACGAACACGCCCCCCCGCAAAUGUGGAAUCAACUAUAUUUCCAAAGCAACCCGCACGUGUACCCCCACAUGUACGUGGAGUCUACUGGACAAAACGCAAGCGGGUCGAACGCCGAACUGAACGUCUCUGCCGGUGACCAAGGGGAUAACUCGGAAGGGCCGCAGGGGCAGCCAAAUGAGAAAAACUGUCCAGCUGAAUUUACGGGACAGUGA